CCUGCAGCUCCCGUUGUACUUCCUCAAAAUGCAUCCAAUAUAAACUCAAACACUGACCUACUUUGACAGUAGAGGAAGACGGCGGCAGACCCAGAAAACUUCACCAAACUCUCCGACUUUUGGAUUCAACCUUCUGGAUUCAAGGAUGUUGCAGUGUGUGUGCCUGUUGCUGCUGGCAGCCUCGGCUCUGGGUCACCUGGAUGAAACCACUCUGGACCACCAGUGGGACGAGUGGAAGCUCACACACGGGAGGGAAUACAACGGCCUGGGUGAGGAAGAGAUUCGCAGAGCCAUCUGGGAGAAGAACAUGCGGAUGAUUGAUGCCCACAACCAGGAGGCGGCGCUGGGCAUGCACUCCUACGAGCUGGGGAUGAACCACCUGGGAGACAUGACGUCGGAGGAAGUGUCCGAGAAGAUGACCGGCCUGCAGAUCCCAGUGAACCGUGAGCGCGGCUUCACCAUGGAUCUGGACGACAACGUGACCAAGCUUCCCAAAUACAUCGACUACCGCAAGAGGGGCAUGGUGACUCCAGUGAGGGACCAGGGUUCCUGCGGCUCCUGUUGGGCCUUCAGCUCGGUCGGGGCCCUCGAGGGCCAGUUGGCCAAGACAACGGGUCAGCUGAGGGACCUCAGUCCCCAGAACCUGGUGGACUGCGUCUCAGAGAACCAAGGCUGCGGAGGAGGAUACAUGACCAACGCCUUCAAGUACGUGCAGGAAAACGGAGGCAUCGACUCUGAGGAGGCCUACCCGUACGUCGGAGUGGACCAGCCGUGCCGUUACAAUUCAUCAGGCAUGGCAGCUGAGUGCAGAGGCUACAAGGAGAUCCCAGAGGGCAACGAGCACGCGCUGGCUGUGGCGCUUUACAAAGUCGGUCCGAUAUCUGUGGGCAUCGACGCCACGCAGAGCAGCUUCCAGUUCUACAGCAAAGGUAUUUACUACGACCCCAACUGUAACAAAGACGACAUCAAUCACGCCGUGCUGGCAGUGGGUUAUGGAGUGAGCGUCAAGGGGAAGAAGUACUGGAUCGUCAAGAACAGCUGGAGCGAGAACUGGGGCAGACAAGGCUACAUCCUGAUGGCACGUAACCGUGGCAACCUCUGCGGCAUCGCCAACCUCGCCAGCUACCCAAUCAUGUGAAGUGUGAAGCUCGGAGGAAGAUGAGGGAUGACGAAGGGGCUUUGCUUAGACUACUACACACAGAAAUGUUCUUUCCAGCAAGUCAGCAACCACUACAAAUAUCAGUGAUUUUACUUUGUUUACACAGUACACACAUUUUCGAUUUACAGCAUAAGAAAAAUAAAUUCCGACUGGUGUUUUUGGAGUGAACCUCCUCCAGCGAAGGGCUAAAUGUAUGUGUACUCUGAUGAGGAGGUUUGGUUACCUUGAGUUGUUUGAUGCACUUUAAACCCUUCGAGUCUUCAUAGUUUUAUCUCCAAACCAGCAGAUCUCCACUGUGGUUGCGUCGAUGAAGAAACACAGUUUUUAAGACCCCCAGGCAACAGAGCACAUAACGCUAAGCAAGAGCACAGGCUGGUUUAGUUCCAGAGUCAAACACACAAACCAGCAUUUCAAAUCAGAGUGUGUACACAUACAAGGACUCUGGAGUUCAUUUCACAGUAUUUUGCAGGUAGUUGAUGACAGUUUCAGUCCCUAUAAAUGUUACUUUUCUAAUACAGUUUGUGUGAAAACUAACAGAGUGUUAGUUCAGUGCGACAGGAAACAUUGCUGGGCAAUGGGAGCUCCUCCUUUCCUGUCGAUGCAGAGUCCUUAAAAUCAUAAUUGUUGUUUCUCUCAAUUGUGUCCUUUUGUUGUUGUUCAGUUCAGCACUUUUCUGAUGAUCAAAUUGUUAACCAAUGUUUUCUAUGAAACUGAAUAAAGUUCUAAUUUUGAAGCUGAA